UUAGAGAAAGAGAGAGAGAGAUAAAUAUGAAAACUGUGCAUUCAAAAUCAAAAGAGGAAAAAUAAAAACCCUAGUUUGAUCCAUUAAAUCUUGAAUGAAAUUGAUGAAUAAAAUCUUUAAAAAGUUAUAGAAAGAUGAAAUUGGUUCAGAUUUGAAUGGAAACCCUAAAAAGAAUCGCAAGAAGAGACUCUAAUUGUUAUCCGAUCCUAUAUCGUCAUUACGUAUUUGCUUUGUCAUUUACAGGAGGUUGAAGAAGAAAAAAAUUAUUAGCAUGAUUGAAGUUUUGAUUUUGAAUUAGGAGGAUAACAGAUUGAAUAUUUUUUGAUCUAGGUUAACUUUUAGGGCUUACAAAAAUGGGAAUAUUAGAUGGGUUUGAAGGAACUGGUAUAGAAGUUGAUUGUAGUGUUGGUACUAUAGUUUGGGUUAGAAGAAGAAAUGGUUCAUGGUGGCCUGGAAAGAUACUUGGUGCUGAUGAACUUGCUGAUUCUCAUCUAAUGUCACCAAGAUCAGGAACUCCUGUCAAACUUCUUGGUAGAGAAGAUGCAAGUGUGGAUUGGUACAAUUUAGAGAAAUCCAAGCGUGUAAAGGCAUUUCGGUGUGGGGAGUUUGAUGAUUGUAUUGAAAAAGCUGAAUCUUCACAGGGUGCUCCCAUAAAGAAAAGAGAGAAAUAUGCACGUCGAGAGGAUGCUAUUCUUCAUGCUCUUGAGCUUGAGAAGCAGCAGUUGGAGAGGAAGCAGCAGAAGUUAGGUAAUGCAAAUAAUGCAAGGACUAAAGUGCACAUUGGUGUGAAGAAAGAGAUGGGUAUUCCUCUGGGGAAGUUAGGUAAUAUUAAUUGCAAACUAUUAAAUCUUAAGUCACAAAAUGGACUGGGCUCGUCUGAGGAGAACACAGAAAAUUCUUUGCAUGCCCAAAAACAUAAAAAUGGGAAACGAUUGAGCUUGCAAAAUGGUAAGUGUGAAACGACACCUCGGGUGGGAGGUUUGCAGGACUUUGAGCAAAGGGCUACCUCAUCAAGUGGGUUUCGAAGUGCAGAAGGUGCCAACUAUGGUAGCAUUAAAAACUCGUUCAGCUUAAAAAGGAAAAGAACACCAGUUGCUGUAAUUGAUGAAUCCCCUGUAAAAAAACACGAUAUGCAUCAUCCUCCUAUUCAAGUACUGCAAAGCAGUGCAAAGCUGCUUGCAUCUAACUCUUUGCAGUCUAAUGGUGGUGCUGCUUCUGAAGAAAAGGAGCGGACAGGAGGGGGUACCCAAGCAAAAAGAAGCCAAUUUGUCUAUCUUUCAGCUGUGCCAAGUGAUAAACAUAGGGAAUUUCCUUCAGAUCAGAUGGAGAUAUCUCCAUCUCAGUUUGAAACAGAAAGCAGUGAUGAUUCGUCCACAGAGGACGACAGUUCUUCUGGCUUAAUAGAAGGGGUGGAAUCUGAUUUUUCUGAGAGAGAUUAUCUAAAUGGAGACAUGGAUGAACAGACAGGUGUUUUUUCAGGUUCUGUCCCCAUUGACACGGGACCAAGACAUUUUGGAAGACUUGUAAAUAAUUACCGAGUUCGGAGGGCAAGCAUGAAUAAUGAGGAUCUAGAGUGGUCUGCAUCUACGACUCACAUGUCUCAUCUUCGUCCUCGUGCCCAAAUCGGUGCUGGUACUUAUGCUGGUGGGGUAUCUAAGUGGCAACUGAAAGGUAAAAGAAAUAGUCGCAAUUUAUCGAAGAGACCCAUGGAAAUGGAUGGAGGUAUUUAUAAUGGAUUAAAUAGAGGCAGUCAGUUUGAAGGUAGGGGAAGGAAUAGUUCAUGUGAAAGGUCUUUGGGGCAGGGCUUCUACCAAGGUGAGGGUGAUUUUAGUUAUGAUUAUGACGGAGGUGAUUUGUUUGACAAGAAUCCAAUUCACAAUCAAGAUUUGGGGUAUGGCAAAAGAUACCAACCAAUGUUGAAAGCAAAAACAGAAGAUAUUGCUUCGGAUGAUGAUUUCGUUUGGGGUAUGGAUGGUCUAUCUCGGGCACCGGUAAAAAGAUACUGGGAUGAGUCAGAAGAGUGUUAUGAUCCGAUAUAUGUUGGCCACCACCAAUUUGGUAGUCGGAGGAAAUCCAAGUUGGUAGAUGUGGAUUUGAUGGUUCAAGCAACAAGUUAUCAAGGAGAGCAUGUCCCACUGGUUUCUCUAAUGAGCAGAUUGAAUGGUAAGGCAAUUAUAGGGCACCCUGUUCAGAUUGAAAUCAUUGGAGACGACUCAACUGAUCUUAUCCUUUCCAGAAAUAAUGAUUUCUAUGAGGAAGCCACAGAAAAGGAUGGCAGUGCAGCACUUACACCUGUUUGGAGGACUGCACGGAGAACCGUGAUGCAUCGAAUCCCACAUCCUCAUCCUUCGAAAGCUUUGGAAAAGAAGUACCCGGAGAAGUUACUCGAAAAAGUAAAUUUGUCCAGUCAAAGAACAGGAAUGUUGUCCUCAAUUGCCACACAGCAGAAACUCAAUAGACUUUCUAAUCAGAAAGGUAUGAACAGGUUGACUAAAGCACAUGAUGAUGAACUUACAACCAUAACAUGCAUUCCCGUGAAACUUGCGUUCAGUAGGUUAACGGAAGCAGUUGGUAGACCUCCGUCUAGAACAGCAAACCCUACUAACGACGAUAUAGAGAGAAGACCAUCAUAACCCCUCAAUGUUAAUUGCUCUGAUGGGUGCAAUAAUCUUGUACUUGGGAUAAUCUUGUACUUCAAUUGCAGUAAGGUGGUGCCAUCAUCUAACUAUUUUAGGUGUCGAUGGUGAGACUUCUAUCUCAUGUGCGUGAAGAAAAGGCAGUUUUAUCCAAAUCAAAGGCACGUGAUUCUUGUGCCGGCAUAUAUCCAAUUUCCUUGGUUGGAUAUUGAGGCUGUUGGGUGAAUUAGGGUUUGCAUGCAGAUGAUAAUGCUAAUCCCUUCAGUUGGGAAUAGCGCCGCCACUCCACACCAAGAACUUGUAAGAGAGCCCAGUCCAAAAAUACCAAUAGUUAUUUUUCUUAUUUCUUUCAUAUAUCUGAAUUCAAAGGGACUUGCUAACUCAUGUAAAGUAGUUUUACUGCAACCUCUUUUUUAGUACAGACUACAGAUUACUUUAAUUAGUUUGUUUAUUGAAAUACACAAGAUAGAGACAACAUUCACAAGAUAUGAAGUUGGCGGUUUUAUUCGUGCCUUCACGUUUUGA